AUGUACACCAUCACCAGAGGACCCAGCAAGCUGACCACCCAGAGGAGAACAGGUCCCAAGCAGCAGGUUGACACCAAGUUGCAGGAGCUGAAAAUCAAGCAGCAGCCGCUGAUCAACACUUCUUCUUCGUCGUCGUCUUCUUCCUCCAACGGCUGGGACCCCCUUCCAAGCAGUUGUACUCCCAAACUGGUCUUUAAUCGGGUGAACGGCAAGCACACCCCGUCUGUCAGCCCCCCUGCAGAGGAGGAGGUGUACACACCGGCACACGAGGAGAACGUGCGUUUUGUAUGCCAGGCCUGGCAGGAGGUGCAGCAUCAGUUGGAGAAACCAGAAACUAAACGGAUGUGGACCCCAACAAUAUCAAGAUCAGACUACAGAUUCCUCUAUUAAGAAUUUUGUCCCUAUUGAUCUGGAGGAGUGGUGGGCAGAACGGUUCCUGGCAAACAUUGAGAACUGUGCCUGA